ACAUACAUGUGUGUUGAUAUUUUACCUAUUUGGUGCAUAAUAAUAACAAUAAUAACCUGCUUUAAAAGUAUAAUAAUAAUAUAACAAAUUUCAAAUAGUGAUCCCAAUACGACCGCUACAUACAAACAUUGUGUGUUUUUAUACGACGACGAAUAUACAACAAUAAUAACAUAUUAUAUUUUUCUUUCAUUCAACUUUGGAAAAUCUUUUAUAAUAAUAGUUACAAUAUUUCUCAAUAGUUGAAAAAGAAGCAGAGCCAAAAUACGAAAGUAGAGAGUAGUAGAGUAAUAACAACAACAAAAUAAAAUUUCAGCUAUAUAAAAAGGCUUAUUAAAAAAUGGGAGACAAUAUUUUGGCAUUAAAAUCUGGAAAUUUAUCAACAGAUAUUCAAUCAGUUCAUAAACCAAUUGCAAAUAAUAUUAAGAAUGAACCCUCAGAUGACAUUCUUUUACGUUUUAUGGAAAGUUUAACAUCAUUUCAACAAUAUCCGGUUGUAAAUGAUAAUGAAUGUCAAGAUUAUCAUGAGUAUCUAUCAAAAUACAAUACAAAUGAUUCAAUAUUAAAGGACGAUAAUCAAAUUGAUUUUGAAAUAGUACGGAAUAAUACAAGAGAAACUGAAAUUGAAAAUCGAAUAAAUAAUAAAAAUUUUAUUAAUAAUAAUAUUAGUAUUAAUGAUAAAAAUAACAAUAAUAAUGAUAUAUAUAAUUCAAAUACAUAUAUAAAUUCAAAUAUUGAAUAUAUUGAUAAUAAUUGGAAUAAGGCACUUCAAUUGGAUAAUCAGCAGUCUUUGUAUAGAGAUGAUAGUUUAAGUUCAAAAGAAAAUCCUAGUGAUAUUAUAGAUUUUGUUUUGGUACAAAAUAAUAUGGGAUCAAAUGUUUCCCGUAAUUCUUCAAAAAAUCAACAAACUGAAACAUCAAAUCGCCCAAGACGAAGAACACAUUCAUCAGGCGAUAUACAUAGUCACAAAUACAACAAUCGAAAUCAUAAAAAUUUCCUUGAUUUGACAUCAACAACAACAACAACAACACCAUCGGAUAUUAAAGAAAAAUUGAACACAUUACCAACAUCCGGUAAUGGGCAAAAUCCUAUUUUAAAUCUUAAUAAUGCUUUUUUUAAUGCUACUACAACAAAUGGUACUGGAAUCGGUGAUAGUAAUCAAACAAUUAAUAAUUGUACAACUGAUGGCCGAAACGAUUUAUUAAGUCAAAAUCAUGAAAAUAAAAAGGAUAAAAUAUUAAAUCAAUAUUUUAAUCGUUAUAAUGUUCAUAAACAACAUCAUAAAGUUUAUGGUUUUAAUAGAUCUGUUACACCAUCAUUAUUAAUAAAUGAUACAACAACAACAACGACAACUUCAACAACAUCAACAUCAAUAGGUGGGGUAUGCUCAGCAAUAAUACCAACGGCAACAUCGAAUGUCACAUAUGAAGAUCGUAAUAAAUUUCGCGGAAGCCUACCAAAUCAUUUAGAUUUUGAUACUUUUGUUAACCAUAAUGAUGAUAUAAUCUUACAACAGUAUCGAUAUCAUCAAAAAUUACUUGUUAAACAACAACAACAACAACAGCAACAACAGCAACAACGACAACAACAACAACACCAGCAACAGCAACAACAGUCAACUAUAACUACUGGAGGUGUUGUAAUAAAUUUGAAUAAUCAACAACAUCAUCACCAUCAUCAUCACAAUUCACAAAGCGAAGAACCAAAUACAACAGCAACUGUAAUAGUAACAACAUCAACAACAGUAACAACAUCUUCAACUGUAACUGGAGCAUCAAGACAGGAUAGUGUUGAAUACGUGACCGUACCAUCAUCAAAUAAUAAAAAUCAUCAACUAAUACAUCAGAAUUAUAAUCAGCAAGUAAAUCAUUUUUCAUCUUAUAAUAUUGGUGGUAGUAAUGGUACUGUUGCUAAUUGUGAUGGUAUAACUGGAAAUGAUAGUAAUAGCAGUGGUAGUAUUGUAAGUGGAAGUACUAGUAAUAAUUGUGAAAAGGAAAAUUCUGCUUCGACUAGUAGCUCUGGUAAUAGUAAUAAUAAUAAUGAAAACGGAAACGUUAUUGGUAACACGUCGAAAAUUAAGCAAGUUAAACCAGAUCUGCAAUUAACACUUCCUAUAACACGUACAAAUUUCGAUCCAAGUUGUGAUCAAGGAUAUGGUUCUGAAAGGUCACCGGAAGACGAAUUACCACCUUUAUUAUCUAAUUUUAAUACAAAAGAAUUCCAAAAACAACAUCAGCAUCCAACGAUGAUGAUGUCUGAAUAUUCAAUAAAUAAUGGAAAUAAUGGAAAUGAAUGUUGUGAGGAUGGAAAUGAAUUUGUUUAUGAUUUUAUAACUGAAGACUGUACAUUUACUGUUCAAAUUGUUAAAGGAUCUCGUGGUUUAGGAUUUUCAAUUUGUGGAGGUGUCGAUACGAAUACUGCAUUCCCCGGUUUAAUACGGAUUAAACGAUUAUUUCCACAUCAAGCUGCUUGGUCAACUGGAAAAUUACAAACAGGCGAUAUUAUAUUAGAAUCUAAUGGAAUUCCUUUAACAGGACUAACAAAUUAUGAAGCCCUAGAAGUACUUAGAACAUUGCCAAAUGAUGUUGAAUUAUUAAUAUGCCGUCCUGUGGAUGAGCAAUAUAAGAAAUUAUCACCACCGACUGAACCACCGAAACCGCCACAAAGAACACAACAACAAUCAAUACAAACUCAAACUGCCCUUGAAGAUAUGGGUGUUUUAAUGCCAUAUCAACAACAGCAACAGCAACAACAAUUUAUUAAUGCAACACAAUAUUUAAGUGAUGCAGCUGCUGUUGCAGCUGCUGCAUAUUCAACAACAGCAAUAAUACCAACAAAUUGUUAUGGGGAAUUCGAAAUAUUUAUGAUUAAACAACAAGGAUCUUUAGGUUUCACGAUACAUAAAGAAGAUGAAUCAAUAUUAGGCCAUUAUGUACGUGCACUUGUACGUGAACCAGCAACAACAGAUGGUCGUAUUAAACCAGGUGAUAAAAUUGUCGCCGUUAAUGAUAUACCAUUAUCACCAAUGACACAUGAACAGGCUGUGAUAUUUUUAAGACAAUCUGGUGAUGUGGUUAAAUUACGUUUAUAUAGAGAUGAACCAAAUACACCGGAAGAACCACCGUCACCAACUGUCACAGAAAGAGAAAAUAGUUUUGGUGGAUCAUCUUCGUCUCAUAAAAAACCUCAUUUAAGGCCAGAAGCAAUAAAUCUUCUAACUGACUUAGCUCAUAAGAAACAAAAUUCCCAAGGUGAUUCAACGGAAUCAUCUAAUUUGUCUACAAGCAGUUCACCAAGAAGACUUAAACGAGGAUAUAAAUCACAAAGUGAACAGGAUGCGUCCGAUUCAAAAAGUUCCAACAGUAAUCCAGUUUAUUUGGUUUCAAGUCAAACAACAACACUAUGUUCAGACUCUGAACAAAGUAUUGAUAGUCAGUGUUCUUAUAUUAUUCAACCUGGAGAUAAUGUAAAUGAAGUAGUUUCACCAAGCGGGAAGUGCAAUCGACCAAAUUAUUUAGAUUUAAGUAAUAGUAAUAGUAGUGAUGGAAAUACAAUUAGAAAAGCAAAAUAUCAAUUUGGUGUAUGUCCUAAUACUUAUGAAUUAAAUAAUUUAGAUAAUGAUGAAUUAGAUGCACCAAUACGACAUCAUCAUCAUCCACAUCAUAAUCAACAUCAUCAACAUCAUCAUCAAUAUAAUCGUUCGAAUAGCAAUAAUCUUAAUAAUAAAAAUUUAAAUUCAAUACCACCAUCAUCAAAUAAUGAAUUCAAUAGUUUACCAUGUGAUGUUCUUUUAGGUUCCUCAACAAAAUAUUCUGAAUCAGAAUUUAGUAAUGAUGAUGUUGAUCAAAAUAUUGGAAAUUCAAUUAAUAAUAUUAUAUGCCAUAAAAAUCCAUUGUAUCAAUCGGUAAAUGUUCAAAAUCAAUUACAAUUAGAAAAUAAUUUUGAAAAUAGUCAAUCUGAAUUGAAAAAUUCAACAAAUGCACAAGGAAAUGAAAGUCUUUUAAAAUGGAAAGGAACCGUAUUAUCUGCUGCUGAAGAUGAUGACGAAAAUAAGCAAAAUGAAAAUAAAAAUGAAAAUUCUCAAAGGUGUAACAAUAUUGCUAACACCAACACCAAUAUUACUGCCAACAUUACUACCACCACCGAUAUUUUGACUACCGAUGGUUCAAUAGAUGGUGAAAAUUCAACGACAUUUACAUUGACAUUAGCAUCAAGAGAAAAUUCCAAUAUUGAAACAGAUACAGUCGAUGGUGUACCUUCUAAUUCAAAAGAUGAUAAGAAAAAGCAACAGCUUUUUAAUUGUGGUGAAGGAUAUAAGAUUGUAUCAGUUGAAUUGAAUAGAGGUUGGAACAGUAGAUUAGGUUUUAGUUUACAGCCAUCAAAAGAAUUCCAAAAUAAAAGUUAUAUUAGUGCAAUUUAUAAUGAUAGUGUAGCUGCGAGAGAUGGAAGAUUACGUGUUGGAGAUAUACUAGUAUCAGUUAAUGAGGAAUCGAUUGAAAAUAUGUCAACAACAGAAAUCAUCGAUUUCUUGCGAAUAAUUAGAGGUGCAAUACUUAUUACAGUACUUAGAAAAGAUUCAACAUCGCAAGAACAGAGUAAACAGUAAAAUUGAAGUGCUACAUAUAUUGAAAAUAAUGAAUAUAGAAACAGCAGUGCAUAAUAUAAUACAAGUAUAUGUACACAUUUUAUUAUAUAGUAAUAAAUUUAUAUAUAGAUUUAUUUAUAUACAUAAUAUUAUGUACAUUUAUAACAAAAAAUAAAUACAUACAAAGAAUAUCUUGUCAAAAGCUUACGUUGUAAACUUAAGUUGUAUAAGGAUGUUUUUGUAAAAGUGUAUAAAAAUAAAAGUGAAUUUCUCUACAAGAAAAUAUUAAUGCACUUAUAUAAAUAAAAUAUAACAAAAAAAAAUUAAUGUUUGUUGAAGUAAAAAACAAAAAAAACCAAAGUUUUUUUAAAAAAUUUCCUGUAACGAAAAAAAAUUUCAAAAAAUUAAUGAUAAUUAUUUGUAAUUAUCGAAUGAAAAUUCAUA